UGCUGUCGUUUGCAUCUUACCAUCGCUGCUUUCAGAAUCUUCUUUCUAGCUUCUAACUACUUUUUUUCUUUCUUUUUCUUUCUCAAGCCUCAGAGUUUCUGAACACACAUCUCGGUGAACCAGCGGUGACCCGUUUGUUUUGCCUUCUCCUAGCUCAUGCAUUCUUUGAGUCUUGGUCACGGGAAUGUUUUGUCUGGUCAGCGGGACAGAACCAACGGCUGAGCACUCAUGACGCGUCGGCAGGAUCCUGGGAAAGGGAGGUUCUGAUGGCGCACCUCUGAAUCAGCCUGUUCUUUUUGUCUCUGGUUUUCGAAGGUCUCUGGAAGUGACCUGUUAUCCAGAAUCUUCUCCAAGUACAAACAGGGAAAUGUUGAACUUUUCAUUCCAUGUGUUGACGUCUUAGGUUUUGGAAAGCAUCAGAGUGUCGAAGGCAAGAACCCCAGAACCCCGCCCAUCCUCUUGGUAGUUAUCUAACAACUCUAUCCUGUGUCUACUGGGCUGGACCAUCUGCCUGGAGAAGUUCCAGAACCCCGAGAUGCCUCGGGGUUCAUCUGCUCCCAGAAGCAGCUAGCCGUGGUCUCGGUGUUCUUUCCUGCCCAUGUCUUGAGUUUUUGUUUUGUUUUGUUUUGGUUUGGUUUGGUUUUUUGCUGUUCUCGGUCCUGAUGAUGCUGAAGGAUGACUUUGCUCUUUGGAUCGGGCUACGGUGAAGGAGCUAGCUGUGUGUGUAGACGUCUGUGGGAAGAGAGAAACAGUGAGCAUGUCUCUGCCAAACCAGUCCCUAGAAGGCCUUCCUCAGGAGGCCUCCAACAGAUCCCUGAACGCCACAGGGGCUUGGGACCCAGAGGUCCUGCAGGCUCUCAGAAUCUCGCUCGUGGUGGUCCUGUCCAUCAUCACGCUGGCCACUGUCCUCUCCAAUGCCUUCGUCCUUACCACCAUCCUCCUCACCACGAAGCUCCACACCCCGGCCAACUAUCUCAUCGGCUCCUUGGCCACCACCGACCUCCUGGUUUCUAUCUUGGUCAUGCCCAUCAGCAUAGCCUACACCACCACCCGCACCUGGAACUUUGGUCAAAUCCUGUGUGACAUCUGGGUGUCUUCUGACAUCACGUGCUGCACGGCCUCCAUCCUGCAUCUCUGCGUCAUUGCUCUGGACAGAUACUGGGCCAUCACGGACGCCCUGGAGUACAGCAAGCGCCGGACCGCAGGCCACGCAGCAGCCAUGAUUGCAGCCGUCUGGGUCAUUUCUAUCUGUAUCUCCAUCCCUCCGCUCUUCUGGCGGCAGGCCACGGCUCACGAGGAGAUGUCCGACUGCCUGGUGAACACAUCUCAGAUUUCUUACACCAUCUACUCGACCUGUGGGGCCUUCUACAUCCCAUCCAUCUUGCUCAUUAUCCUGUAUGGCCGCAUAUACGUGGCUGCCCGAAGUCGAAUCCUGAACCCACCCUCCCUCUACGGGAAGCGCUUCACUACCGCACAGCUCAUCACAGGCUCAGCUGGCUCUUCGCUCUGCUCGCUCAACCCCAGCCUCCACGAGAGCCACACACACACAGUCGGCUCCCCUCUUUUUUUCAACCAGGUGAAAAUCAAGCUUGCUGAUAGCAUCCUAGAACGCAAGAGGAUCUCUGCAGCCCGAGAAAGGAAAGCCACCAAGACCUUGGGCAUCAUUCUGGGGGCCUUUAUCAUCUGCUGGCUGCCUUUCUUUGUGGUAUCGUUGGUCCUGCCCAUCUGCAGGGACUCCUGUUGGAUCCACCCGGCCCUCUUUGACUUCUUCACGUGGCUAGGUUAUUUAAACUCUCUCAUUAACCCCGUCAUCUACACUGUGUUCAACGAAGACUUUCGACAAGCGUUUCAGAAAGUUGUCCAUUUCCGGAAGGCCUCUUAAUCGGACUUGGGGGUGACUCUUGUUUAUCCGUUAUGUCCUGUAACCCCACGGGGGUUGCCUUUUUUUUUAAUAUUACUGUCGUUUUUCUGAGACCUGGGUUGAUUUGUGCUAUUUUGGGUCUUGGAUUAAAUCAAUAGAUUUGUUCUGUGUUUGACUGCCAGCAUCUUCCAGACUUUGAGUCAUCUAAAGCUAGGCCAUUGUGAUGUGUAAAGGGGGGGGGACAAGACUGAAGAUAUCCUUUAACAUAGGAUAUCUUCCUGGUUCUCUGGAUUGGAAGAAAUAUAAGCUGUAGGACCAAGGUGAGAAGCUGUCUUAUUCUUUAGCAGGCUCGGAGGGAAGGCCUUUUGGUCUACCUGGGAUUUUGCAGAGGGCUGUGGGGAAUAGGUGUGAUUAUUGGCUUGAAUUAAAAGAGAAUUUGGAGUUAGAAAGGAGAGGUUGUCAUCUUCCAUAGCUCACUGAUUAGAAGAUAACAUCCAGGAAUAGUUUCCACUGGGUCCUGGUUGUCCAUAAGGAAAGUGGUAUCGGUGACUUCCAGAAUAGAUGGAGAGAAAUUCAAAAGGUGGCAGUAGAAGAAAGGUCCACUUGGGACCAGAUCAGCUCUGCUUCCUUCAUUCUUCCCUCUGUCUCUAUUAUGUAAUGUUCUGAAGUUAAAACCUACCAUCCUGCCGCUCCGGACUGACACACAGAGCUUUGAAUGGGACCUCAUUCUGCCUGUUCUGAUUCUUUUUUCUUUUUUUUUCUGAAUUAUUCUUUUUUACAACCCUUGUCAUCAGAGUUCUUAAGAUGUUGAGUCUUACCAAAUAAAAGCAUGAGACACA